UAUGACGACGGAUGGGCUGUAUGGGACUGUUUUGCCAAUGACUGGUCAAUGUUGAUCUCGGUUGAAUGGCAGCAUCGGGCAGUCGGCGGUUUUGCCGUGAUUUCGAGGCAAACAAAUCUGUCCAAAACGGCGAGGAAGUGCGCAAUAUGCGGGAUGCAUGCGUGCAGACGGAUGCCAAAAUACAAGGUCAGGAACCCAGGCUGUCCAAUGCAAACCUCUUCAUAUUAUUGAGUUUAUGGAUGGAACUUUUCCCCAAGGAAGAACAACGACAAAAUGAUUCUGUCGGAGACUGUGGUCUUGUGGUGGUGCGGGAUCGCAGAGUUCUGGGUCUUCAUUGCUCCAGUGCACAGUUACACGCAGGACAGGUGGCUGUGGUCAAACAUGGCCCCAGACUGAAGGGCUGUGAUCUCUACUUCUCCAGAAAACCCUGUUCAACUUGCCUCAAGAUGCUCAUAAAUGCUGGUGUAAACAGGAUAUCCUAUUGGCCGGGUGAUGCUGAGAUCAGCUUACUAUCAGGUAGACUGGAUAAUACAGACUCCAGUCACCAGGAAGCCAUCUUGGAUGCCACAGCUGCCGAGAGACUAAAGUCCUGCAGCAGACCGCACAUCUGUGUUCUCCUGCAGCCUCUGGACAGUACCAUGCUGCAGUACGUGUACGAAACGUCUCAAAACUGUGAAUUCUUCAGGACGAUUGCAGCAGACAAUCCAGCGCUAGAUGUUGCAGACGUCUUUAGGAGGGAAUGGUGGAACCACUGGGGCGAUUUGUCGGAAAAGUUCUUUGUAAAUGAUGAGGACCAGCAUAAGUCUGUGCUGCAGAAGAUGGGACUGGAGAACUUUUGUGUGGAACCAAAUUUCAGUAACCUGAGGCAGCACAUGAAGGAUUUGAUCAGAAUUCUUGCUUCUGUGGCUGCUUGUGUCCCGGUUCUACAAGGAAAAUAUGGGUUCUUCAUGAGCGAUCCAUUGGCUACUGGUUCACCAGCUCUGCCUCAGGAUGUUGUACGACAUUGUAUUACACAAGCCCGAUUACUGGCCUGUAGAACAGAGGAUUCUAAAGUGGGAGUUGGUGCAGUUAUUUGGGCCGAGGGGAAAACGUCACAGUGUGAUGGCACGGGUCGCCUUUAUUUAGUGGCCUGUGGCUUCAACGCUUAUCCAGUGGGCUCAGAGUAUGCAGAGUACCCUCUGAUGGAUAACAAGGAAGAGGAGAAACAGAACAGAAAGUGCAAAUACGUCCUCCAUGCAGAGCAGAAUGCGCUCACAUUCAGGAGCACAGAGAUAAAAGAAGAGGAGAACACAAUGAUGUUUGUGACCAAAUGCCCGUGCGAUGAGUGCGCUCCUCUGAUUGGCUGUUCUGGAAUCAAACAGGUCUACACGUCAGACCUGGACAGCGGCAAAAUCAAACGUGACAUCUCAUACCUCAAAUUCAACCAACUCCACGGUGUCCAGAAGUUCUUUUGGCAGCAGAAAUCUCCCAAUACAUGCACUUAUGAUCAAACUGCACCACCAACCGCAAAUGGCAGCUUGAAACAAAGAAGAGAUGAAGAAACCAAAUUUCAGUGCAAUAAGCGACUGCGUUCAUAGAAGACAUCAAGAAAACUGCUGCUUGGUAUCAAACGUGAUGAAUACGUUAGGAUUUGAAAGGGAAAGUUCAUGUUUAACCUGUUUGCAUCAUGCAGAGCAACUUUAUUUGGGCCUAUUUAAGUGUUAAAAAAAAAAAAAAGAUCGAUCUAUUUAAUGUCAUAUUUCGGUUAAUGAAUAGUAUUUAAUUUUAUGGGUUUUAGAAUUAUAAAUUGCGCAUGCACUAAAGGUUUUAAAUUGGUCUGGAAUUAAAAGGACAAGCUAUCGUGUGUGCGCGCCCAUUUUAUUUUUUAGAUUUGUUCUUAAUUUAUAGUGUACAGGAUUGCACUGCACAUGUAAUGCACAAGGUGCUCUCUGAGCUGCUCCAAGUGCUCAAUUGCAUAUUGAUUUUUUUACAUCAGAAAUAUAUAUAAAAAGUCGAAAAUACUAACAAUGCUUCAGUUUAACUGUAUUGAGUAUAUGGUACUAUUAGCAAUUCAAUGUUAAAAAUUAAAAUAUUAUGAAAAGAUGGUUUGA